UCUUCUUUGUGUAUCUUGCAGCCAGAGCCAAAGGUGCCAGCAUGUUGCUGCUCUUCUGUUUGCCAUCCGUGGCAUUCAGACACCGUCCUGCACAAGCAUUCCAUGUAGAUGGAUGGCACCAACGCAAGGUCACAACCACCUAGUGACCAAACCGCUGGCAGAAAUAACUUUCAAGAAGCAUGUCAUAAACAAAACAGUGCAGGCCAAAAUCAAGCGUGAACGUCAACCAAACCUGACAAAAGUUGGACAGGCUUGUCUUGCGGUCUUUAGAGACAAGAUUGCCGCACAUGAACCUGAGCUUGUGUGGAAUAGAUACACAAAAGGAAAGCCGGCGCCGUUAAAAAAUGUGAGCUCCAUUGCUGACACAGAGGACCUGCACUCGCCAAAAUGCCUCCAGUUGUUUGAAGAGUUCCUCAAGAACCAGAUGCCCCUUACAGCCAUGCAGAGAGAGGAAGUGCGCAUCAAGACACUGGGCCAAAGCCAGAACCCUGCUUGGCGAAACGAAAGAACUGGCAGGCUGACUGCAUCAAACUUUCGCAGAGCUCUCCACUGCCAAAAGCCUGAAGGGCUUGUAAAAGAAAUACUUUAUCCUCGUAAUGAGGUUCUGAAGCAGGGUGACCCUAGAUUGUAUGGGCUGCAGAACGAGGCCAGAGCAGUACAGGAGUACAUAAAUUUGAUGGAACUGUACGACAAGAACAUUGAAGUUGUGGAGACGGGAGUCCAAGUCCAUGAACGUUAUUGCUUUAUUGCUGCAUCACCUGAUCGAUUAGUUAAAGAAGCAAAUGAAAUUGGGCUUCUUGAGGUGAAGUGCCCCGCUUCAAAAGCUGGCCAAAGAGUUGCUGAUGCUUGCCAAGACAGAGCAUUCUGCGCCGAAAUCAUUGAUGGGGAGGUCACGUUGAAACGAGACCAUGCAUAUUUUUAUCAGGUGCAGGGACAACUGGGAAUCACCAAGAAACCAUGGUGUGAUUUUGUUAUUUGGACAAAUCAUACCGAGUGCCAACACCGCAUGUCAGUGGAGCGUAUAUACUUCAAUAAGGCAAUCUGGGAAGAUAUCCUUGAAGGUCUUCUCUAUGUGUACAAGGCAGCAGUCGUCCCAGAGCUCCUAACACGACGCAUCAGGCGCCUUGGAUUUCUGUAUAGAACAGGUGCAGGGUAUGUUUCAUACAAAAAGUAUGCCCAAGGAUUCUAUGUUGUUGACAAGUGUGACGAGGACAACUUGAAGAUGAAAAUAAGAAGGUUGUGAGACUCAUGCAUGGUGGCAACAAAUACAUACAAGUUGUCUUUUAAGUGCUGUGAAUAAACACUCUUCUUUCCAGUU